CUCCAAGGGUCUCUGAGGAGGAAGAUCGAGGGCCAUACUCCUGGCUACUCCAAGCAACAGAAUGGCCUGUCCUGUGGGCCGUCGGGGCUGGACUUCAAACGUGUCCGUCUGGAGGGGGGCAGCGGCGGUUUGGGUGGGCACGGACCCUGUUCCUUCAGCUCCGGGCAAUCACAGUCCAUGGGAGGCAGUGCUUCGUCCAUAGGCCACACCCUAAACAGGAAAAACAACAACAGCAGCUACAUGAUGCCCCAUGGGGUCGUGAACUCUGACCUCAUCAACAUGACCCUGAAGGAGAUGAAGAAGGAACCUAUAGACCAUGUUACUUCCUGCGGCCAGAGGUCUACAGAGAUGAUGGUGUUCGACUUUAAAGAUGAGGUCGGCAGCAGUCAGAUCGACCCGGAGCUUCAGGAUCUGUUCGACGAGCUGACGAAGACCGUCCCGUCUCUGAACGACCUGGAGUUUGAGAAGAUGCUGAAGCAGGAUGAUACGUUCGGCCUGGUGGAGCUGGAGCGCGGCGCGUCUACCCUCUGCUCCCACCUGGAGAAGCCCAUCAAGAUGGAGUACUCCUCUCCAGACUACGGCCAGACACACGGCCAUGGUGGCUCCUCACAGCUCCGCCCGGCGUCCGCUGGUCCCUCUUUCACAAUGUCCAGCUCCUCCCCCAUCACCAACCAGAAGAGCCAAGGCCAGGGUCCCUCGGGGCUGGCCGGACCCCCCAGCAGAGGACUCCCUGGCUGGCCUGAGGUGUCCCACGCGGCGCAGCUAAAGCAGAUGGCAGCCAACCAGAACCAGCAGCAGCCCAAACCCCCAGGCCCUGCUCCACCACCAACACCCAGCUGGACCAGGGAGUAGCUGGGACACACAGCCCUCCUCCAGCUCCUUCCCCCAGGACAAGCUCUCCAACCCGGCCUCGAUGGGCCAGAGGAUCACCCCCCAGACCUCCAUGGACAGUCAGGGUAAAAGCGUGAACAACUGUCUGUUCAAGCCCAACGGACACAACGGCUCCAGCCACCUGGAUAUGAAGGUGCUCAGCAACAAGCCCAUGCUCCACUUCAGCCCCAAAGCAUCCCAGCAACCCCCCACUAUGGCAGGUCCACUGAGUAAGACUACAGCCCAUCAACAACAACAACAACAACAACAGCCGUCCACCUCAGCCCAGAACCUGAACCAGAACCACCCAGUUCAUAACUACCAGAACCCCCAGCAGCAGCUGCCCAUGUCUGGGUCUCCUCACUUGCAGCCUAAGGCCCUGGCCCAGAGAACCCCUCUCAGCCAGCCUGGAUCUGGACUCCACUUUAAACUGAGUCAACAACGACAG